AGAGAACUAACUAGCCUCUCUCAGUGAGACUCAGCAGGUUCAGAAAAAUGACUCUUCUGGUGUUUGCUGGCUGUGUGACAUGUCUGCUCCUGGGAACAGUGGCUUAUUCUUGGGCUCAGAAAUCUUCUGCUUCUUUACAUUUUGAAUCAGUUCUUGUUGGACAAGAAGUGACUUUGAAAUGUUUUCAUAGAGGGACUGUAGCAGAUUUUUAUUUUUGGUAUAAACAACCUCUGGGACAGAAACCACAGCGCAUGUCGGAAUUUUUCGAUUAUAAGAAAAAUGGAACUUUUUCAGAUGAUUUCAAGAACGAUCUACGGUUACAACUACAGACAAAUGAAGGCAAAAACCACUUGAAGAUCUCAAAUGUGAAAAUGUCAGAUUCUGCUACUUACUACUGCAUCAGUUCUUACACUUAUACAUUCACAUUUUUGGAGGCCUAUAGUCUCCAUGUGAGGGACACGUCGUCUGACAUCCAGACUUUGGUGACUCAGUCGUCCUCUGAGAACAUCCAUGCAGGAGACUCUGUGACUCUGAACUGUACAGUCCACACUGGGAGCUGUGAUGAAGAACACAGAGUUUACUGGUUCAAAGACUCUGAAGACUCUCAUCCAGGACUCAUUUACACUCAUGGAGGCAGGAAUGAUCAGUGUGAGAGAAAGAACAACACACAAACACACAGCUGUGUCUAUGAGCUGCACAUGAACAACCUGCAUGAGCCUGGGAUCUACUACUGUGCUGUUGUCUCAUGUGGACACAUACUGUUUGGAAACGGAACCAAGCUGGACCUCACAGGUCAGACAAACUCUUUGUUGGUGUAUUUCUUAACUGGAUCUUUGACCUUCAUGAGCAUCCUUGUUGUUUUUCUGGUUUACAAGAUAAAAAGACAAAUUUGCUUCCAGUCUAAAGAUGAAGGGUCAGCAGCUGCCUCUACACCACAAACAGAGGCUGAGAACAAAGACACAGAAAGCCUCCAUUAUGCUGCUGUUAAUGUUAAGAAGUCCAACAGAUCAAGAAGACAGAAGAACGGAGGCAACACCGACUGUGUUUAUGCCAGUGUGAGACCGCAGAACUGAAUUUGUUUCAAAUAAAAAUAUUUUCUACAAAACUACAAAUCUACUUUUUGAUUUUUUAUAAUAGAUACUCUUGUUUGGAAUAUUGUCCCCAACUUUUGGAUAUUUGAAAUGUUAUUACUUUUUUCUCUCAUGAACUCUGGAGACUCAGGUGUGUUUUCAUCUGUUUGUACUGUCAUGA